UUUGGAGUCGCUUCCACAUCGACGAAGUGAAGCAUCUUUUCUGCCCAAGCUGAGUGGAAUGGCAUUAGAAGGAAUGCAAACUCUAGACGAAGACGAACAGGGAACCUCAUCUGCCUCCUCUUCCACUUCGAGCGAUAAUAUUACGCCUUUAGUUGAUGUGAUCAUUCCUGC